AAAUCCAAAUCAACUUUAGGUUUAUUUUAAUUGCAACAACCAAAAAGCAAGUUUCAUCAUGUAUAUAUUUAUCUGUCCAACUAAAGCUUCCCCCACUAGCCCUUUUAUCUUCCUUGCCAUCUUUUCUUUUCCAACUCACAAACCAAUCUCAAAACCAGUCAAAUUGAACUUGCAAAUACCCAAACUUUCCCAUCUCUUUCUUCUCCUUAACAAGUAAUAACACAUAGAAACAAAAACUCAUCUUUGCUUUUGCUUUUCCACUUUGCUAACUUGAUCUCAAAAAAGACUCAAAUUCCUUGUUAUUAUACCAUCUUUUACAAUAAAUUUAAGGAAAAAAAAUUCAUCAAAAGGGAGUUAAAAGAGAUGAUCCAAGAACUAUUGGGAAGUAGUAGUGCUCCUACAAGUUUUUUAGGUGAGAGAAAGAUUUCCAUACCUUUCUCUUCUCCUCCUUCAACUACAUGCCCUUCUACCACACCAAUUCUUACUACUACUUCCAUUGCAACAACUGCAUCAUCCGCAACUUUGGCUAAUUCGCAAAGUGGUGGUAGUAACAACAACAACAACAACAGCUCAGAGGCUAACGCUAGCCAGCAAAAUCUGAGGUGUCCGAGAUGCGACUCCACCAACACCAAGUUCUGUUACUACAACAACUACAACCUCACCCAACCCCGACACUUCUGCAAGACGUGUCGGAGGUACUGGACAAAGGGUGGAACUCUCCGGAACGUUCCCAUCGGAGGUGGUUGUCGUAAGAACAAGAGCACAACGGUGAGCGGGUCAUCUACUCCUUCUGGGCUAGUGAAGUCAUCCUCAAAUGCCAUGGCUAAGGCCAAGGCAACUUUAUCAACCGAGUUGCUAGUCAAUGGAAACCCGGGUUUUCUAGGAAGUGGGUUGUUAGAUCAUCUUCACCAUCAUCCGGAUCUUCAGUCAGGAUGCUCAAACCCUAUCCUUUGGCCUUCACUUCAACCAAACUCUCAUAUCUUAUCCUUGCUUCGAGGUUCAAACCAGUUCCAUAACCCUAACCCGAUAUCAAGUGGUUUUAGUCAUGUUAAAACUGAGGAUGGUGCUACUACUACCACCAACAUUGGGUUGGAUUCAUAUGGUAAUGGAUCUCAAUCUGGAAUAGGGUCUUUUCAAAGGAACAACCAACACCAAGCAAAUGGGUUCUCAUCUGGGGUUGUUCCAGAUUUCAUGCAAAAUAAUGGGAGCAAUAGCAAUAUUUUAGAGCUGUAUCAAAGGUUAAAAUCAUCAUCAAAUUACAACAGUUAUUGUGGUAAUGAAAAUCAAGGGACGGUUAUUUUAGGCAAUAUGGUGGGAUCAGCAUCGCCUUCUUCUCCUAUGCAUUCGACUAUUUUGGAUUCGGCACCGGUUGGAGGAGGAGACCAUAAUUAUGGAGGUUAUAGCUUCAUGAGUUCUCCUGCAAUGUCUGGUUGGUCUGAUUAUCCAAUAGGACCUGUUAAUGGUGCAUAUCCUUGAAACUGUAUACAUAUAUAUAUGGGCUAGUUUAAUCUUUGCCUUUUACUUUGUUCUUCUUGUUUUUUUGGGGGGUGUUUCUGUAAUUUCAUUUUUUUACUACUUUUUCUAUGAGCUGCCUUUUGCUUAUUGUUUCUCUUCAUUGUAGUUAGUUUGGGGUUUGAGGUAUAUGGUGAAUUAAUAUGGCUAAUCACUCCUUUUGAUCUUUGUAAUGUUGUUCUUGUUUUAUACUUCUAUGUAAGCUUUAAUUAACUUGUACUUUUGAUCUUUGGCUCAGAAGUUGAAUGUCCUGCCCUUGAAAAA